GUGGAGACCGGUUGGAUCCGCCCAUCUCGUGCAGGUUAUCUGUCGACCCAAACAAUCGGACAUCACACAACUGUCUUUUUCCAUCUGUUGAGCUAGCUCUGCUAUUCAAGAUGGGCUUUGGCGAUUUUGAUUCGAUAUGCGAGAAGGCCCCUUUGCCGCUAUGCUCCCUAGUGGGUCCACCAUCUUCAAUAUCGGGCUCCACGGGCAUCAUACCAAAUUGUUAUGCGCGGAACAUUGAGCUGGCCAAUACAAUCAUCUUCGAAGGGGCUUCCUGCUUCCUCCACAUCAUCGCGCUGGGGAUGACCGUGAUUAUGAUACUGCACAUCCGGUCCAAGUUUACUGCUGUUGGUCGCAAGGAAAUUAUUACGUUUUUUUACAUCUACAUGGCUCUAACCCUAUGUUCCCUGAUCCUUGACGCAGGGGUCGUUCCACCUGGGAGUGGCCCAUUUCCUUACUUUACGGCGGUGCAGAAUGGACUGGCAUCGGCACUAUGCACAUCCCUGCUCAUCAACGGAUUUGUUGGUUUCCAGCUCUACGAAGACGGAACCAUUCUCUCUGUCUGGCUUCUUCGGCUUUCUUCCGCGGCGAUGUUUGUCAUCUCAUUCCUGGUCUCUCUCGCGACUUUCAAGUCGUGGGGAGGCCUGGGUCCCACCAACACCGUCGGCAUGUUUGUCGUUCUGUAUCUCCUAAACGCUAUUUGCAUCGCUGUGUAUCUGGUAAUGUCAUUGUUACUGGUAAUGAACACCCUCGAGGACCGCUGGCCUCUCGGCCACAUCGCGUUUGGUCUCGUGGUCUUCAUCUGUGGUCAGGUGCUCCUCUACGCAUUCAGUGACACCAUCUGCGAUAGCGUGCAACACUACAUGGACGGUCUUUUCUUCGCCACGUUCUGUAACCUCUUGGCUGUCAUGAUGGUGUACAAGUUCUGGGACUACAUUACGAAAGAAGAUCUCGAGUUUUCCGUCGGAAUUAAGCCCAACACCUGGGAGGUCAAGGAACUCCUUCCGGAUGAAGAUCGCCGCCAGACAGGAUACUACGCUGAUGCAAAUUCGGAGUAUGCCGGGAGCAUGUAUCAUCAGCGCAUGUCGACCUAUCACGGCCAUUAACACCUAGCCUAAGACUUCACUUAUGCCUUCCUUCGGCGGCCCACGCUCACGCCAAAACUGCAUCUUCCGUCCGCCCGUCGCCGAACGACUGCCUGUCGUUGUUUCCUAGUGUAACUCUAAUCGCUGCAGUCACACGCAAUCAUUAUCAAAUCUAAGCAUAAAU